ACCAUUCCCUGUUGGCAGACCCAGGCUGAAGCUCAUGCAUAAGACAUGGAUUUCCUCUGCUCCGCAGCUUCACUGAAAAAAACUAUCUCCUCCCAUAGAGGGUUGCGGCUCAGUCUUGUCACUUGAUCUCUCAGUGUGUGUGUGACAACCCUUUGCAGGAGUGGACCAGACUCACACACAGAAUCCAGCUUCUACCAGACUCACUCUGCACAGAAAUCACCUUCCGGAAUCCAGCACCCAUCCAGGAACUCAGCCCCUCACAAGCUGCAUGCAGGGUUUCACUAAAAUUUCAUCAUUAUCAUGUGCCUUAUGGAUCAAAGUCUUUAAUAUUUCAAGACAACUUGGACGGACUUUUGCCUUUUUUUCAAGCCAAAUUAACGGUGAAAUCUUCAUCAUAAUCAUCAUCAUCUCCAAUCAUUUUAAUUGUGUUCCUAGUAGUCUAAAGCAACUGGACUUGCUGAAUUAUCUUUUCAAAGGAAAUUUCAGCAAUCAUCCAAAUGGCUUCUUCAGUUCAACAGUUCAGUUCGAGUGGAAGGAAAUUUUAAACCCUAAAGGAUAACCCAGUCAACAAAAUCCAAUCACAACGGUUCCACUGCUGACAAGGUGCCUCACAGCAAAAUGACGCAUUUUACAUACAGGAGCUGCAUAAUCUUUACACUGGUUGUUUCAGUACUUUCUAAAGGGGAUACAGACUGCCCAUGUGACACAGAUGAUUUCUGCAAUUGUUCCUCAAUGCGUUGGAAAAUGAUUCCAUCUGGAUUACCAAAAAAUACAAAGGGAUUAAACCUUUCCAGCAAUGCCAUACAGAUUGUCACUGAGACUGACCUGAACCCCUAUGACCAACUGCAAACACUUCUGCUGCAGCAUAAUGAAAUCCACACUAUAAACGACGCCUCAUUCCAAUCACUUGGAAAUCUGGAAGAAUUAGAUUUAUCAUAUAACAAUUUAGGCCAUUUAUCUUCAGCCUGGUUUAGAAAUCUGUACAAGUUAAAGCAUUUAAAUCUCUUAGGAAACCAAUAUUUAUCACUUGGAAAGAAUUCAUUAUUUGCUGGUAUUUCCUCCUUAAGAUCAUUACGAUUUGGAAAUCAGAAAUUUUCCGCUAUUCAGAAGCAAAACUUUGAGGGAUUAGAGAGACUAAAUAAACUUGAAAUAAACGCACCACAGCUGGGACUGUAUGAAGAGGGAAGUCUUGCAGCAAUCAAGCAAAUAAACGAUGCUUUUUUGACAGUGAAUAUUCAGAAACUACGUGCGCUGCUCAAUGACUUUCUACAUUCCGUGACACUGCUAGAAAUGAAAGACAUGCAGUUCAACCACACCGAGGACAUGAACGCUAUGGAGAUACUCAAUGAUACCAGCGUGAAGCAUUUGCUCUUCAGGAAUUGCUUCAUUACCGACGAAAGUGGAUCAAGACUAAUUGAAAUUAUUCAGACUUACAGAAACAUAACAGAGCUUAUCUUGGAUGACAACACACUUUUUGGAACAGGGAGAGGAUCCCCAGUAAUUGGAGAUAAGCCCUUUUCUGUUACGACGGCUAUUAUCAAUAAAUUGCACAUACCCAAUUUUUUCUUGUUUUCUGACCUUUCAGGAAUUUAUAAACUUGCUUCAAAUUUUAAAAAUAUCGCCUGUACAGACAGCAAAGUUUUCUUAAUGCCGUGUGCAUUUUCGCAAUCUUUUACUUCUCUUCAAUUUCUGGACCUUAGUGGAAACAUCCUUGCCAACGCCAUGUUAGCAGACGCUGCGUGCCGGGGAGCGUGGCCCAUGUUGCAGACUUUAAACAUCAGUAGAAAUCUUCUGACCACUCUGCCAAAAGUUGCAAAAAUAUUGUCUGGCCUGAAUCACCUCAUUAACCUGGACAUCAGUCAAAAUAAUUUUGGUGAGUUAUCUACUUCUGCGUGCGAAUGGCCUGAAAACCUAAAAUACUUGAACAUCUCAAACACUCAAAUGAGUCAAAUGAAAAAUAGCUGCAUUCCUUCAACGUUACAGAUCUUGGACGUGAGUUUAAAUUUUCUCACCGUAUUUACAAUUAAAAUGCCAUAUCUGACAGAACUUUACAUAUCAAACAACAGGCUGAGUACAUUGCCAGAAGGCAUACAUUUUCCAAGUUUAGUAAUGUUAAGUAUAAGUAAAAACAAACUAAAUGACUUCCGUCAAUCAGAUUUGGAUUUGUUUCCCCAACUUACUACACUGGAUGGAAGAGAGAAUAAUUAUUUAUGUUCUUGCCAAUUUUUAAGCUUUAUGCAUUCUCAUAAAAUUACAUUGGUUGGUUGGCCAAAUGACUACAUAUGUGACUCUCCUUCUUCAGUAAGAGGCCUAAGGAUACAAGAUGCAAACCUACCUCCCCUAGUGUGCCAUAAAACAUUAAUUGUAACCCUGUCCUGUAUUCUCUUGAUAGUACUUGUAGCAGCUAUUGUGGCUCUUUGCCACUUCCUUCAUAUUAUAUGGUACGUAAAGAUGACCUGGGCCUGGCUAAAAGCCAAAAGAAAGCCCUUAAAAAACUGUGACAGAGAGAUUUGUUAUGAUGGAUUUGUUUCUUACAGUGAAAGAGACUCUGAAUGGGUUGAGAAUAUGAUGGUGCCAAAGCUGGAAACUGCUGGCCCGCCAAUGAAACUGUGCUUGCAUAAGCGUGACUUUGUACCCGGCAAGUGGAUCAUUGAUAACAUUAUAGAUGCCAUGGAGAAGAGCUACAAAACCCUCUUUGUACUGUCAGAGCACUUUGUCAGAAGCGAAUGGUGUAAGUACGAGCUGGAAUUCUCUCACUUCCGUCUCUUUGAUGAAAAUAACGACACCGCCAUUUUGAUUCUGUUGGAACCCAUUGAGCAAGAAACUAUUCCGAAACGGUUCUGCAAGCUGAGGAAGCUCAUGAACACUAAAACAUACUUGGAGUGGCCUACUGACGAGGAGCAGCAAGAAGUGUUCUGGCAUAAUUUAAAAAUAGCAUUGCAACCAGAAUUCUAAACUUAUUUCUGGGCCAAAUAUGUACAUUUCUGUUUCAAUACAUGGUAAAGUUCUCUUUAGGGGAAUUCCAUCCCAUUUAUGUAAGUGAAAUUUAUGAAAAUGUCAGUCUCAGCAAUUUCCCAAUAUGAGUUAUUUGUAAAUGUAAUUACUAUUGAAAGUGGUAUUCGUUUGUCCCAUGUUAGUCUUUGCACUGCUUGUUUUGACUUAAAAAUGGAACAAUGUAGCAGAAGCCCCCUGGGAAGAAGCAUGCACAAUAUUGUGGGAAUUGAUAAACUGAUUUCUGCUACCUUGGGUUUGAACCAGCAGUGCAGAAAGGGAUAUUGACAUUUCAAGUAUUGUAUAUUGGAAUAUCACUUAGAAUUAUAUUUUUUAUAUUAUGCAAGUAUAAUUUAGGGCGAAGUUUCCCUAUAAGAUGAAAGUAUUAUCAAUGUUUUUUGUAAUGCCUUUUUUAUUUUUUGUACAAUUAAAUAUUUACAAAGCAA